CUGGAAACUAGUGACAAUAAUUGUCCGCAUAUCGACUUGCAACAAAUGGAAACCAUUGAAAACAAACUGUAACUAUGCUUCCAUAAACUGUAAUAAAAUGCGCAGAAGAUAAGAAAACGAUGACCGUGAAGGAACAAAAUGUAAAAAAAAAAAUUAGCAAAGGCUUGUGGGGAAUGAAGUUUAUUUUUUCCACUGACGCCUCGCGAGGAAGUGUUCGUGCAAUGCCAUAUGUUUCAAUCUAAAGGUGCUGUGUACUUAUCAUUAGAAUGGCUUUUAGCUUCAACUUCGAUCUGCAAAUAAAAACGGAUGAAGUCGUCCACCAAGAUAGAACUGAGACGGACCAGGGCCUUGAAGCGAAACGAAUGGAUUUGACCGACACUAAAGAGAAAGUUUACCCUGAAAAAGACAAAGAGGCAAAAGAACACACGCCUCCCCGCGACUGUCAGUCGCUCCUGGAGGACGCCGUGUGCGAAACGUUCACGCUGGGCACUCUACCGCCGAUACAUUUCCUCAACGAGUCCGUCUUUGAGCGGACCGUGUCUGAGCUGUUCGACGGCGAGGACAUCCUGUCCCGGACCGCCGCCCAGAACACGGACCUCAUCUCCGGCGUGUACGAGGGGGGACUGAAGGUUUGGGAGUGCACCUACGACCUGCUGGAGCACCUGGAAGUCGAGGGAGAGGUGUUCUCUGGGAAGAGGGUGCUGGACUUGGGCUGCGGGGCAGGGCUGCUGGGAAUUUUGGCUCUCAAGCGUGGGGCACGUGAGGUGCACUUUCAGGACUACAACAGCACGGUGAUAGAGCGCCUUACACUGCCCAACGUGCUGCUGAACUGCGAAGAUGACGACGACGACGACGAUGACGAUGACGAUGAUGAUGGUGGUGGUGGUGCCGGGAAAGGAGAUGAAGAGAGAGAGAAAGAUGGCUGCCCGCCAUCGAAGAUGAGAGCCACAGGACCCCCACAGAACCCACAGCUGGACAGAUGCAGGUUCUUUUCCGGCAGUUGGACCACCUUCCUCACGCAGAUGCUACACGACAAUGACCCGCCUCCGAAAUAUGACCUCAUCAUGACCUCCGAGACCAUCUACAACGCGGACUAUUACCCAGCCCUGCACGAGGUCUUCCGCAGGCUGCUGGACCAGGGUGGCCUCGUGUACCUGGCCACCAAGGCACACUACUUCGGGGUCGGAGGUGGCCUGUACCUCUUUCAGAAUUUCGUCGAGCAGAAGGACGUUUUCAAAAUGAAGUGCCUGAAGGAUGUGGAGCAAGGUCUCCAGAGACACGUGGUGGCCUUGAGCUUCAAGGAGCCUGAUCAAUGACUGAACUGAUUUAUGCGUCUGGACUUAAAGGUGAAAUAGGGAAUUUGGGAUUUCUAAUGGUCAAGAGAGGAAUAGCAGCAACAAACACCUUCAUACCACAACACUGUUUAUCCCUCCCCCUUUCUCUGUAAAUGCACUGACGUUGAAACGCCAUUCACCGUGACAAUUGGAACCAAUUUUCAACCAAUGAGCUUGAACUGUUGUACAGUUAUACAAUGUUUUGGUUGUCAACUGUAUAUUUUGAAACCCGAAUUAUAAACACAGGCAGAGGGUGAGUCAAGAAGUCAGUGAGCCUUUUUCUACGAUAGGAAGGGAAUUACAAUGGUCUUGUAACAAUGUUUUAACACAAAAAUCUUACCUAUUGCACCUUUAAGUCGACAUUUCACUAUUUCUGAGAACAGGGCACCAUCACUGAAAUUAAACUUUUGUAAUUAAAGCUUGUUCAAAGCUUG